GAGGGGGGUUACCUGAAGUUACUGGACGAAACAGACGGAAUCGUGGGACAGAGUCACGGAGGAUACACGAAGCCAUCCCAGACAGUACAAUACUCACCUCCCGACGAAGAUAUCUACGAAGAUGUUGGUACCGAUGACCGUAGUGACUAUGAUGACGCCAUGUCGCUUCCAUACCCGGAAGUCGUUAAGAGACGUCCAGGACGCUCACGUGGGAACGGCCACCGCAGUGCUCAACCAAGGACUGUUCAACACGGCAAAGCUGCAGUUUCUCCUUUGCAAAACGGAAACUAUUACAGCACAGCAUAUUCCAUCAGCCCUGCAUCUUCCCAGGCGCGUCACAAAGAAUCACUCUGUGCCAGACGAGCACCUCUGGAACAGUAUGACGAUGACGGGUACACACAGAUUUUCCGGAGGGGGCAGUACCUCGUCAGAUGAUGACGAGCGUGCUCGACUUAGUACAAUAUAUUCGUUAGAUUCUGGGGAAAGUGGUGCUAGGUCGGCUUUUCGGCUUUUUCGUCCAGUUGUAAGUGUUCCACAACCUUCCCCCGAUUACUACAAUCCCUAUGUCAGGAAGGUAGCAGAAGACGACCGGAGACCCGUUUCUAGGGAUGCUAAUGCCCGUGACAUCAACCAACCGUCAGGGAAUUCCGACAGCUUCUCGUUACGCACAACAACCAGCUCAAGGAAAGAUAUUCUACGUUCAAGGGAAAACAGUUGUCGGGUUGACGACAGAACGCGUCGCGAGGACGUUUGUAGCGGGACUCAUAGUGCCAAGGGACCAAGGCGCCAGGCGAGGGAUGAUGUGCUGACGUCACCUCACACUGGGGAGGGGGAACAACUCAUGCCACAGUGUAGUGUCCCGUCCAGCCAGUCGAAGACAUAUUCUGACCUCGACAGAGGAGAGUUCUUUGGGACGCCGUCGGAUUCAACUCAGCGUGAAGGUGAAACUGACAAGCUGUCGAAAGGUGAAGGCCAUAUCGUACCAGCGGAGGCGGAGUCCAACAUGCCCACCACCAGGGGUGCCAAGGGGGUUGCGGCAGAAGGUGACUUCACACGGGCGGAGGUGGACACAGAGCUGACCAACUUUCCCGGCUACACGCCAAACAUCACUGAUGACGAGGUUAGAAACAGAAUGCAAAGAUGCAAGGACAAUACAUAUAUAUUGUGGUACUCUGAAUCGGAGCAGCGGCCAGCGCUCGGUGUUGUGUAUAACUCUACAUUCAUGACCUUCACCAUUAAGAAGAGGUCAAGUUACAGUGGCACCAAGUUCUUCGUGGAUCGGGACCAGAAGGAUGGGUACUCAUUAACAGAGCUCCUCCAGUAUCACCUCGAGGCUGGCAUUAAGGACACGCGACCAAGUUCUUACCGACAGAAAAUAAUGCUGAAGUACCCUUUUCUUGAGUGAAAAUGGAAGCAGACCGGCAUGAAUAGUUAAUGUCUGCGGUAUGGUGAGGUGAGGUUGGGUGAGGUAGGUUGGGUAAGGUGAGGUGAGGUGAUGGUGUUUGGGGGUGAGGUAGGUUGGGUAAG